AUGGGUACCGUUACUCCAAAAGAUUUUGAUGACGGGACUUUAAAAUCCGAAACAAGUGUUCAGGAAUCUGAAAACGCCAGCAGUGAAAACAAUGAACUGCGAGAUCAUCAAAAAAACGUAGAGAAACAAGAAACAAACAAUGAUUCAUUACUAUCGAAAAAGAAAAAUGCUCGUAAACGAUCGAAAUUACAUAAACUGAAAAUGCCUGAUACAAAUAAUGCACAAAAACAAGCAAUACAUAAUGAGUCCCAGGGUUAUGAACAAAAAAAAAAUAUGGCUUCUACUUCAUCUGUUGACCCUAAAAUACCGAACAGGAAUGAUAACUUGAACAUUCAAGCUACAAAGGGAACUAACCAUAUGCAUGGACAUUAUAUAAGUGGAAAUUUAAAUAAUCUACAUAUAUCUCCUCAGCAGAUAGGUCAUAAUGCUAAACCCCAAUGUAACACACAAAGUGCUGAGUCUGUUCAAGAUUUUUUCAUAAGACAAGUCAUACCUUUGUAUUCAAAUGCUCAGUACAUGGAAAAUCUUGCACAUCAUCCUCAGUUUCAGUUAACACAAAAUGUAAAUACACCUCAGCCUGGACACAGUUCACCUCAAAUGCAUCCCAAAUUUGGAUAUCCAAUAAGUGUUCCUAAUUCUCCAUUAGUUUAUGGAAGUCCCAGUUUUCCAUUCCAACCAUCUAAUUUACAUUCUCCAAAAUACUUACAAAAUCUUAUGCAACAUCCAUUACUAAAUUAUUCCCUUAAGUCUCCAAAUCAUAUAAACAAUAUAAGGAAUGUUUUUCCUGGAUCAUCAAGUGGACAUUACUUCAAUUCUCCUCAGAGUAAAAACAAAGAUGGUAAAAAAGAUGUAAAUAAUGAGGAUAGAAAAUUUGAGUCAUAUAUGUCAACGGAAAAUGUGGAAGCUGGUUUGCUUCAAAAUACUUUAAUUCAGGGAGUAAUAAGAAUCAAUCCAAAGCAGUUUCAACAUGCUUACAUAACAGGUACAGAUCGUAGCGAGCAAGAUGUUCUGAUAGACACAGUAAAAAAUAGAAACCGAGCCUUAGAAGGUGAUGUUGUGAUAGUACAAAUUUUGGAUAGUGACAAUGAAGAGAAUAAUGAAACUAAUGAAGUUAAACAGAAAAAAGGAAAAGUUGUUUAUAUCAAAGAAAAAGUGCAUACGCGGUCAUGUAUUGGUUCUUUAAUGUUAAUGCCUGAUAAAAAUAGACAGCGAGCUCUAUUUGUACCCCGAGACUACAGAAUACCAAGGUUAAAUAUAUCUUGUACAUUUUGGCCAGAUAAUUUUUAUACUGAUUACAAAAGGUAUGAAAAUACAUUAUUUUUAGCAACAAUUUUAGAAUGGCAUGAUACAAGAUUUGCAAUGGGUAGGAUUGUGUGUAAUAUAGGGGAAUCAGGAGAUAUGCAGUCAGAAACUAAAGCUAUUCUGGCACAGACUGAUUUAGAUGUGACGCCGUUUGAACCAGAUGUGAAGCAUCUAUUUCCAAGCUUAGAUUAUGUUAUACCCGAAGAAGAGAUAAAGUUGAGGGAAGAUUGUCGUAAAUUAUGUAUAUUUAGUAUAGAUCCUUCUAACUGUAGAGAUAUUGAUGAUGCUGUAUCAUGUAGAAAACUUGAUAAUGGCAACUUUGAGGUUGGUGUACACAUAUCAGAUGUAUCUCACUUUUUGACAGAAAAUACUAUUUUAGAUAAAAAAGUAGCAGAAAAGGCUACAACAAUAUACAUGGUAGAAAGAGCUUAUCACAUGCUGCCAGAUGAACUAUGUAUGCUUUGUUCCCUUUUCCCUGGAGUUGAUAAACUUGCUUUCUCUGUAUUUUGGGAAAUUACAGAAGAUGCUCAAAUUCAAAAGACAAGAUUUUCUAAAACUAUCAUUCAUUCUUGUUGUCAGUUAGCAUAUGAACACGCCCAGGAUAUUCUUGAUGAUAAAGAGGAAUCAGAAGCAAGUUUCCCAGAAAUUUACAAUGGCUUUAAAUUUUUAGAUAUUUUAGAAAGUCUUAAAAAUCUCGGCAGAAUUUCAUCUAUUUUGCGGGAAAGACGUUUUGAAGGCGGUGCGUUAAGAAUUGAUCAACUAAAGGUUUCAUUUCACUUGAGUCCCACUAAUAGUUUGCCAGAAUCAUUUCAGAUUUAUGAAAGCAAACAAAGUCAUCAACUCAUUGAAGAAUUCAUGUUACUUGCAAAUAUGGCCGUUGCAAAUAAAAUUUAUGAGGACCAUCCCAAAUUAGCAUUUUUAAGAUGUCACCCUGAACCUAGUAACUACAUGUUACGGCAAUUGGCCAAAGCAUUAAAACCUAUGGGUAUUGAUUUAGAAAUAAAUUCUGCUGGUGACUUAUACAAAUCACUGUUACCAUAUAUGGGUCCAAAUGCAGACAAAGGCAAAGCCACGGUACUGAGUAUGUUGUGUGCUAAGCCGAUGGCGAGAGCAAAAUAUUUUUGUGCUGGAAACUGUGAAGAAGAUUUCAAUCAUUAUGCAUUAAAUGUUCCACUGUACACACAUUUUACAAGUCCUAUUAGAAGAUAUGCAGACAUUAUGGUCCACAGAUUAUUAUCUGCAAGUUUAAAGUAUAGAAACGUACCAACAUGGGACAUUGACUUUGUUAACAUGGUUGCAGCUCAGUGCAAUAAGCAAAAAUACAAUGCGAAAAAGGCAGGUGAACUGUCAACAGAAUUAUACACCCUGAAAUACAUAGAAAUGCACUCACCUGUCUUCACUGAAGCAGUAGUUGUUGAAGUAAAGAAAAAAUACAUUGAUGUCAUCAUAGUUGCUAUGGGUCUAAACAGGAGGAUAUUUUUCAAUAAUGACUUUCCUGGAAAAUAUGAACAUAUUGUUAAUGAAGCAGGAUCAAAGCUAUCAAAGAUGGAAUUAACUUGGAAUGCAACAGAGACUCUUCCUCAAGUAAAACAAGUUAUUAGUGUAUUCUCGACUUUAAAAGUUGAAAUGCACAAAGGCGAUGAUAUGGUUAAAGUUGAAGUUAAACUUGUGAGACCAGAUGAUAUAGCCCCAAUUUUAUAA